AUGGCUACUGCUACCUUCUUCUCGCAACACUCCUCCAACCCGCUCGAGGUUCCAUCAUCUGAUGCUCGCAACAAGGCCUACAGGCGUCAACUAAUGCGUACGCGGAACGUGCCAAAGGACGGGGGAGGCUAUUUUCCCUCGUCUGACGAUCCGUCGAAUGGCUACAAUGUGCCAGAUUUGGACCAAUACCAUUCGCAUAUCGCUCAGUUGUACCCGGAUGCCAGACGGCCCGCUGCCUCAGCAACGUCUCGAGUUCCUCCCAUGCAACCCGCCUUCAGCGACGACAUGUUCAGCGACGACGAGCUGAUCAACGGGCAGGAUGAGGACUUCGGCGAUGAACUCGGGGACGAGGACGCGGACGGCGAGAUCGACGAGGACCUGCUUGAUGACCAUGCCGGUCAUGCAGAAACUGAUGAAGAGCUGUCUAUCUAUCUCAAACCACGGGAGGAGCGGGAGGAAAUUGAGGAGGAAAUAGCCGACCUCGAAGCCACCGUCCCGCAACUCACCCCAGACUACAAGAUCGUAGACCGACUAGGAACCGGCACGUUCUCCUCCGUCUACAAAGCCGUUGACCUCGGAUAUCAUGAUAGGUGGGACAAUGCACCAUGGCAGGGCUACCAUCCACCCUUCUCGUCUGCAUACUCCCAGUCCGCUACUCGGCCUUGGGGUAGCAAAGUCUUCGUCGCGGUGAAGCGCAUAUAUGUCACUAGCGGACCCGAGAGAAUACGCAACGAGAUCUCCAUUAUGGAGGAUUGUAGAGGCUGUCGCCACGCAUCGCAGCUGAUAACUGCAUUCAGGCAGCGUGACCAGGUUGUCGCCAUUAUGCCUUACCACCGUAACAUCGACUUCAGAGGAUACUUUCGCGUUCUGCCCAUGGACGGUAUCAAGGCGUAUUUUCGAUGUAUGUUCCGAGCAUUGCGCGACGUUCACGCGCGAGCGAUCAUCCAUCGUGACGUGAAACCGGCCAACUUCCUUUUCGAUCCCCGUACCGGCGUCGGCACCCUUUGCGAUUUCGGACUGGCCUGUCGAGUGGAACGUGGACCCACGCUAGGUGCCUGUCUCCAUACAGGACCAACACCUGACUUUCCCCAUGGUCGAGUACGGCCCCGCGGGGACUUCGAUGUAGAUCAUGUUAAGCGUAUGCAGAAGGAAGGUCGGCUUAAAAGCUCCCUGCCUUCAGAACGCGUCGGGUAUCCGGAGAAAGAUACAAGACCUAUCUCCAAAGCCAACAGGGCCGGUACGAGAGGCUUUCGAGCCCCGGAAGUCCUCUUCAAGUGCGGCGAGCAGACGGGAGCCAUUGACAUUUGGUCAGCGGGGAUGAUUUUGCUCUUCUUCCUCACGAGGAAAUUUCCACUGUUCCACUCCAGCGAUGACAUGGAGGCUCUCAUGGAAAUCGCCACUAUUAUCGGAAAGAAGAGGAUGGAGAAGACAGCCACCCUGCAUAGUCGCGUGUUUCAGACAAAUGUCCCCUCCGUAACACCUGAAGGGAUGACCUGGCGCGAGUUCGUCGAGCGGCAAAAUCCUGACCUCCGGACACCACCAGAGCCGGAUCCUCGUUUCUAUCCUCACGCCAGUUCCUCACGGAGCCACGCAGGUCCACCACCCUCUUCAUCAUCCCCACCCCGGUACUCGCCUUCGGGAUCAUCUCCGGCUCCCGAGCCACCCGCAGUAGAUGCGGAAGCAUAUGCCGCGGACGUCGAACAGGCGCUCGACUUCGUUGAACGGGUCAUGCACCCCGAGUCAACGCAACGCAUGAACCCAAGACAGGCCCUCGCACAUCCAUUUCUGCACGACCCAGAUGAAUCAGACGAUGAUGACUUCUUCCCGCAUCCGUUUGGAGAAGGGGUGUGCGGCGAUCUGCACUUCAUUGACGAAGAGACGGACGAGCUCUGUGUCCGGGUUAAGGUUCCAGGGGAGAAUCAGGUCGUUGUGAGAAGAAUAUCUGCGGGUGAAGGCACCGCGAUAGGUAACCAGCCGUGCGAGUUUCACAGAGAGGAGGAUGGAUAUGUGUUUUCAUAAUCGUACGAAUACACAGGACACGCGAUCGGAUGGUUUCUGUAGCACGUCAGGUUCACCUCAAUGCAAUUGCCAUGUAUCUAGCGCAGUACAUUCUAUAACACAAUGAGUU